AUGCCCCGGGGUCCAGAGGUCCCCGUGCAGGUAUGGGUAGACAAUGAGCUCUUCCAGGCCGACCAGACGCUGCUGGUGGAACAGUGCGGCUUCUUCCGCGGCCUCUUCCGCUCGGGCAUGCGGGAGGCGCGCGCGUCCGUGGUGCGCCUGGGCGCGCUGAGCGCCGGCGGCUUCCGCACGGCGCUGCGGGUGCUGCGCGGCGAGCGUCCCGAGCUGGCGGCCGCGGCCGACGACGAGCUGCUGCAGGCGGUGGAGUGCGCCGCUUUCCUGCAGGCGCCGGCGCUGGCCCGCUUCCUGGAGCACAGCCUCACGUCGGACAACUGCUCGCUGCUGUGCGACGCGGCCGCCGCCUUCGGCCUCCGCGACGUCUUCCACAGCGCCGCGCUCUUCAUCCGCGACGGCGCGCGCGAGCUGGCCGCCGCCCUGCAGUCGCCGGAGGCGCGCGCGUACGUGGCGUCGCUGCGGCCCAGCACGUACGUGGCGGUCAGCACGCACACCCCGACGCCGGGCUUCCUGGAGGACGCGUCGCGCACCAUGUGUUACCUGGACGAGGACGAGGACGCGUGGCGCACCCUGGCCGCGCUGCCCCUGGAGGCCAGCACGCUGCUGGCCGGCGUGGCCACGCUGGACAACAAGCUGUACAUCGUGGGCGGCGUGUGCGGCGCCAGCAAGGAGGUGGUGGAGCCGGGCUUCUGCUACGACCCCGAUGGGGGCACGUGGCGCGAGUUUGCCAGUCCCCACCAGCCGCGCUACGACACGGCCCUGGCCGGCUUCGACGGACGCCUGUACGCCAUCGGCGGCGAGUACCAGAGGAUGCCCAUGAGCUCCGUGGAGUGCUACGACCCGGGCACCGGCUGCUGGAGCUUCGUGGCCGAUCUGCCCCAGCCCGCCACGGGUGUGCCCUGCGCCCAGGCUCGGGGUCGCCUCUUCGUGUGUCUUUGGCGACCGGCGGACAUCACGGCCGUGAUGGAGUACGCGGCUCAAGGUGACCGCUGGUUGCCCGUGGCCGAGCUGCGGCGUUCGCAGAGCUACGGUCACUGCAUGGUGGCCCAUCGCGACAGUCUCUACGUGGUGCGCAACGGACCCUCCGAUGACUUCCUGCACUGCGCCAUCGACUGCCUCAACCUGGCCACGGGCCAGUGGACGUCGCUGCCCGGGCAGUUUGUGAACAGCAAGGGAGCGCUCUUCACGGCCGUGGUGCGCGGUGACACCGUCUAUACCGUCAACCGUGUGUCCACGCUGGUCUACGCCAUCGAGGACGGCACCUGGAGGCUGCAGCGGGAGAAGGCUGGCUUUCCCCGGCCUGGAUCCUUGCAGACCUUUCUCCUGAGGCUGCCCCCUGGCACUCCAGGGCCUGUGGCCACCCCUCUGCCAGAGCUGUGAGCCCUGAAUGGCUUCUUCAAGAGGAGACGUCAGAGUUCGCGUGAGCUGUGGCUCAGUGUGUGGCGCUUGACGCAUCCACCGGGAGCUCCCGUCUUCCCCAUGGGGACACGCUGGUCUCUGCCGUUCUGAUGCUGUGAACCUGUCCGGGAAGCUCUCAGCAAGGACCACGCUGGCUGGGGUCUAGACCCACCAGUCACUUGGACUUCCCUGAGAACUGGUGGGUUACGCUGUCAGGACAAGGGGUGGGGCUUACGAUUUGAACGAGCCACGCAUGUAUAUGAAUGGGCCAGCAACCGGAGCAUGGCUAGGGGUGGGCUAAUUGAUGUUAACCGAACUGCCAAUCAGCAGUCAAGAAUUAGGCACGUCGUGUGUGCAGACCACCAUGCCGGGCCUAACGAGAGCUGGAGCUGUCAGCGGGCAUAGAGAGCUUAAACUCAAACAUUCAGCCAGUUGUUGUGCACUCUGAUAGGAAGUCGCUAAAGAGGUGGAGGCAGGAGGAUCAGGCGUUCGAGGCCAGCCUGGGCUACACAUUCUAGUGGGCGUGGUGGUGCACGCCUUUAAUCCCAGCACUCAGCUGGCUGAAGUAAGAGGAUCGUGAAUUGGAGGCCAGCCUAAGACUCCAUAGUGAAUUCCAGGUCACCCUGGGCUAGAGUGAGACCCUACCUUGCAAAACCAAAACCAAACCAAACAAUCAAAAAGAUUCAUUCCCACUUGAACAGUUUCAGGACUACAAAAAGGUCUCCAUUCACAAACUGAAAGCAACAUAUUAAUUAAAAAAUGAACUCCUAACCAUCCAUAAUAUAAUCAAAGUACUCAAGGAUCGAGAAGGGCAAAAGGAAGAUGAGGAGAAAGUAUGUAAGUCCAGGGAGUAGGAGAGGGCGCAGGUUACUGUCUGGGAGAGGAGAUGCAGGCCGUGACAUCUGGAAGCUCAGAGCAGAAAGAUGGGAAAAGGCCAGAGCAGAUAGGAAAGCUAUGCCCAGCAUUUAAGGCAAAAUAACAAAUAGAACUUAGGGGUGGGUAAGGCUGGACCAACUUGUGGUAAAUAAACCGGGCCAAGCCUGGAGUAAGACCUCUGAAAGAGAGAGCAAGGGUUCCCCAUGGCCCCUUUGGGGACUGGAACAUGAGAGGAUGGUGGACCGUUAAAACACACACACACACCGCACACCUCACCCCCCCCCCCCCCCGUGACUUCAGGUCUUUCAAGGUAUAACAACCCAGUCUUGCUUAUCUCCUCUGUCUCUGCAGGCUCUUUCUCUCCUAGUCUCUGGGCCUCGAGUGCCUUUCCUCUUCAGCUCCAUACUCGCCUCUUAGCAGGAUAGGCUGCAUCCGGCUCCUUUUUUCUUUUUUUCCCCCCCAAGGUACGAGCUUGCUCUGGUCCAGGCUGACCUGGAAUUCACUAUGU